AUGGCUACGGGGUUCCAUGUGCCCUUGCAAGGAUUGCUGGGGCUGCUCCUGCUGUGUGCCCUGCCCCGGACUGAAGGUGGGAAGGUGCUGGUGAUUCCCAUGGAGGGCAGCCACUGGCUGAGCAUGAGGGAUGUCACCAAGGAGCUCCAUGCCCGAGGCCACCAGAUUGUGGUCCUGGCUCCAGACGUGACUCUUCACAUCAAAGGAGAGGACUUCUUCACCCUCAAAACUUAUGCCUUUCCGUACACUAACCAAGGAUAUAAGCAACAAGUGAUAAAAAACAUUAACCUGGUCUUUGAAACAGGAAACUCUGUGAAGACAUUCUUUAAAACAUCUGAGGCUUUGAAAAAAAUAUCAGCAACUCUCUUAACGUCUUGCAAGAAUCUACUGCACAAUGAGACCCUGAUCCGGCACCUGAACUCCAGCUCCUUUGACGUGGUCUUAACGGACCCGGUCUUCCCCUGUGGGGCAGUGCUGGCCAAGUACCUACAGAUUCCUGCUGUGCUUUUCCUGCGGUAUAUUCCCUGUGGCAUAGACUAUGAGGCCACACAAUGUCCAAACCCUCCCUCAUAUAUUCCAAGUCUACUCACAAGACUUUCUGACCACAUGAACUUCCUACAAAGGACCAAAAAUAUGCUGUACCCUCUCGCCUUGAAGUACCUGUGUCGUGUAUCUUUCACUCCCUAUGAAAGUCUUGCCUCUGAGCUUUUGCAGAGAGAGGUGUCCUUGGUGGAGGUUCUCAGCCAUUCAUCAGUGUGGUUGUUCCGAGGGGACUUUGUGUUCGACUACCCCAGGCCCAUUAUGCCUAACAUGGUCUUCAUUGGGGGCAUAAACUGUGCCAACAGGAAGCCACUCUCUCAGGUCUGUAUUGAAGCCUUUAACCAAUCAAUAUUCUAUGCAAAAUAUAUUUUCUAA